UGGCAAAUGAAAUGCGCUGUCUUUUUCUAUUCCCUGCUGCAGCGAGAGCAACAAGAAGUGCUUUAGGCCGCUUAUCGUAUGGUUCCCGCUAUCCAGCGCCCGGUGUGCAACAAGUCUUAAACUUCACCACUCGCGCUCAGCGCCAUAGUCGUCGUCACGCACUCGCUCUCCUCCCAACCACCGCUUUCUCCUCCUCGUCGUUCCCUCUCCUCCAAAACCCUAAUUUCCUCACGGGUAACCGUAACUCUUUCUUCCGCGGAAUGGAGCAAUACUGGUCCGGGAGUAGCAUUAAUAAGAACAAGGGGAUGGUGGAUCAUUUGAAGAGUUAUGGAGUGAUUAGAUCCAAAAGGGUUGCUGAAGUGAUGGAGACUAUUGAUAGGGCUUUAUUUGUGCCGGACGGAACCCCACCUUAUGUUGAUUCCCCCAUGGCAAUAGGUUAUAAUGCCACCAUUUCUGCACCUCAUAUGCAUGCAAUGUGCCUUCAAUUGUUGGAAGAGCAUUUGCAGCCUGGAAUGCGCGCUUUGGAUGUUGGCUCGGGGACGGGAUACUUGACGGCGUGUUUUGCGUUGAUGGUUGGGCCACAAGGUCGCACAGUUGGUGUCGAGCACAUUCCUGAGUUGGUUUCUUCCUCAAUUCUGAAUAUUGAAAAAAGUGCAGCAGGAUCAUUAUUGAGAGAAGGUUCCCUCUCAGUGCAUGUUGGUGACGGAAGGCUAGGUUGGCCAGAGUUUGCUCCUUACGAUGCCAUUCACGUCGGUGCAGCUGCACCAGAAAUCCCACAACCACUUAUUGACCAGCUGAAGCCUGGAGGCAGAAUGGUGAUUCCAGUGGGAAACAUAUUCCAGGAUCUUAAGGUUGUGGACAAGGACUUGGAUGGUUCGAUCAGUGUCCGGGAUGAAACUUCGGUUCGUUAUGUUCCUCUCACAAACCGAGAUGAUCAGCUGCGAGGCUCGUGAGGCGCUAUAUACUUCACCAAACGUCAUAGCGAUGCUCUAUUCCAUUGUCGGGUGCUACCAGCUGAAUAUUUGUGUACAGAUAGAUAACGCUCUGAAUUUUCUUCGCAGUAUUUGUUUCGAUAUAGUUUUUACGCCCGUCUCUGUGAAUUCAUCUGGUCUCAAGGGCAUUCAAACUUUUGCCUGUUGGGAGAUACAUGACUUAAAUAAGUAGUUUCUACUAUGUUUUCCGUCGCGGUUUUGUUUAGACCUUUAGUUCUUGAAAUGAAAUGAUUCAACACAGAAAUUCAAUGCAAA